ACCCUACACUUUUAGCAAACCAAAACCAAGUAUGCACAGGAUAAGAGCUCCUUCCUUUUAAUAUAAAAAACCAGUACAUCACCAUCUCAAUUCUCAAGCACACAACAAUGGAAAAGAGAAGAGAGUUGAGUGGGAGAUCAGUAACGAAGCAAAGAGAGCUUCUUCAAGCUCAAGACUAUGUCAUGCACAUGGUUUUGCUCACCGCGGGAGCAUCUGUGUCGGUUUUGAUGGUGUUUCUCAUGGAGCAGUGGCGGGCGUGGGUGUUCAUCGUUCUCAACCUCGUCCUCUUAGCCAUUCUUUUCACUUCAGUCUCGUCCACCUCAGAUGAAAAUCAAGAACGCAAAAACAGCAACGACGAGGCAGAUCGAGUUCCGGUCAAAGUUGAAAUGACGAAGGAGAUGAGGCAAUGUAGUUGGCCACCGGCGCAAGUUGAUCAAGAAGUGGUUAAAGAAUGUGAUGAGGAAGAGUGGUUCGAAGUUGAAGACAAGCCGGAGGAGGAGGAGGUUCCGAAGCUGUCAAAGGAGGCUCUGAAUGAGAGAGUGGAAGCUUUCAUUGUUAUGUUCCGGCAGCAUUUGGUUUCAGAUGCAAGAAAUUGAGUGUAGAAUUAGGGGUCAAUUGUUUGAUCUAUGUGUUCAAAAUCGGCGUUAAAGUGCAUUUUGAUGCCCAAAUAUUCAUAAUUUUUUUUUAAUGUCUCUGGACAAACACUACAUACUUAGCGA